UAGCAGCCCAAAAGGUCAUGCAGUAUAAUAUGUCCUACAAAGGUUCUCAAGCCCAUAUAUCUCUUGACUUAUCCUCUUCAGAGGAUCCCAGAGGGAAUGGACAGAUGAAGUCCGAUAUUGUGAUUCGGGUGACUUGAUCUUCCUGUUGUGGGAGCCGAAUCCGUGUAAGUCUAGCCCAGAUCCACCCCCAUCGAUUGGAGUCCUGUCCGACUGUGCCAUUCUUAGAUCCCAUCGUCAUGAACCAUGCAUGGGCCCGCGAUGUUUCCGAAGGCUUCAAACAGAUCGCCCUGGCAACUUGCCUUGUACCUUCCAGCCUACCCUUUCGGGUUUUCUCCAGUCCUUUUCUCUUCCAUUGUUUACCAUCUUUCUUUCCACCUCAGAAUUUGUACCACUCCGAAGAUCCCCAAAAAUACCACCCCAUCAUCUCGCCAUCUUAUCACGUAUCCAGCCUCCUCGCCAACGCGGAUAUUCCGCUGAAAAGUAUCAUCACUCUGCCACGAUGGAUAACGAAGAGCAGAUUUGCCUGGCCCGUGAGCUACGGGAUGAGUUUCAAGCCAGCGGGACAUUCCGCAGCGAAGGCCCUGCCGCUGGUCGCGGUCGCCAGCCCAGAGCCCGUGGCGGCCAGACCACGGCUCGUGGCGGUCAGGCCACGGCUCGUGGUGGUCAGGUUACGGCUCGUGGUGAGCAGACCAGGAUUCGUGGUGGUCAGCCUGCCGCUCGCGGUACCCAGCCCACGGCUCGUGGAGGACAGCAUGCCGCUCGUGGUACCCAGUCCAGGGCUCGCCGUGGCCGAGGCCAGAGGGUCUCCCGCGCUGCCACAAAUAGCAGUGCCUCGCAAUCCACCUCGGUCAUAGGUACGUGUCUAUUUUUCGUUUCCUGCGUCUCUUUUUGCCUACUGCUCUCUCAUUCUUCCCUCCACCUCCACGCCGUUUGCUUGAGACUCUCGAAGCCAACUCCUGACUCUGAAUAGGCGAUAAUCAUGGACAUGGAAGCGGCUCCGUCAGUACUCCUGCUUCUUUCGUGGACAACGAUACCAGUGACGACAUCGCUCACCAGAAUACUCAAACUGGGCGUGGCCGCGUGUACUAUUACCAGGACUAUGA